AUGAUGACGUGCCGUCUGCUGUGCGCCCUGUUGGUGCUUGCCCUGUGCUGCUGCCCGUCCGUGUGCGAGGCAGAUACUGAUACUGAACCCCCUGACGUUACUGAGGAUGUUGAUGAAGCUGGUGGAAGAGGCGCCGAUCAAUUGGCCACUGCAGUAGAGUCACCACAUGAGGAAACCGUUCUGUCAGGGUUGCCAGUUACAGAGUCUGGAGCCGAACAGGGAAAAAAUACCAGAGCGGGACAACGUUUAACCGAUAAGUUGCCAAAAUCGGAUGAGGCAGCCGCUGCGACAGAGAAAAAAGGCAAGAACGGUACGACAGGGACAGAAGCUGACAAGAAUACAUCCACAGAAAAUACGGAUAAGAAAUACGAAAAUCCUUCCACGACGACCAGUACGACUACAACAAAGACACCAACCACCACCACGACGAUUACGACGACUGCGAACACUACGAACACUACGACCACGACCAAUACAACCACUGCGCCAGAGGCAUCAAGUACUACGAAUACCGAGGCGCCAACUUCGACGACCACCCGCGCACCGUCACGUCUUCGCGAAACCGACGGCAGCCUCAGCACCUUUGCGUGGGUGUGUGCCCCGCUGCUGCUCGCCGCAUCCGCGCUGGCGUACACCACUCUGGGCUGA